AUGGCGGCCUCAGCAGGGAAAGCCGCCAGGGAUUAUCUCCGGAGCCACGAACACUCUGCCCGAGCCUGCCUAAUCGAGGGUAUGACGACAUCGCUGGGGAUACCACAGAUCCAGCACUUGGAUCAAUGGGAGACCUUCCUGCGGGUACAUGCCGACCUGGAUGCGGAUGUCUCCAAGUUCGAACAUCUGGCUGCUGUACGGGCCCCCUCGCCCAAUACAAUACAGACAAUCCAUGCUAAUGCAUAG